AUUAAAUAACAAAUAAAUAAAAUAAUACUUUUAUAUUAAUAUUAAAAAUAAUAUUAAAUUUAUUGUUAAUUUUUAUAAAAAGUUAAUAAUAUAACAUUUUUAUAAAAUAUAUUUUUUUUUUAAUUUUAAUUGUUAUAAUUAUAUUUUUUUAUUUUUAAUUUUUAUUUGUUAUAUUUUUCCAAUCCAUUUAUGAUAAAAAUAUAUUAUAAUAAGCAGUAUUUGUAGUAAUCAUUGUAAUAAAAAGUAAUCAUUGAUGUUAUAAUAAGGAUAGCAUAUAUAGGGAGUAUAUAAUAAUAAUAAUGAUAAAAUAUAGUUUAUUGUUAUUGUUUUUAUUUUAUACAUAUAUUACAAGUGCUUACAAUAGUAAUAAUAAUAAUAAUAAUAGAAACUUCAACUUAGAGACUAUUCAAGAGGGUAAUACUUUGAAAAUAAAAGGGAAUUAUUUAAAUGCAAACUCUAAAUUAUUUUUAAAUCAACAAGAAAUAAAAGCAAACUUUAAUGGGAAAGAAUUUAAUGCUCAAAUACCUUUGGAUUUGUUAGAAUAUAACUUUAGUAUUGAAAACUCACCUAAUGGUCCAAUCAUACCAGUUUCAUUCACCCCAAAACCAAUUAUCAAAUACAUAUAUUCCAUUUUCAAUAAUAAUACAUUUUCAGUUAUUAUAAAUGGUGAAUUUUUAGGAACAACCAUAAAUAAAAAAAGCAACUAUAAUAAAAUAUCAAUCAAUAAUGCUCAGUGUCUAGACCUGUCAAUAUUUAAUAAUGAUAACACCUUAAUAAAAUGUACAUUAGUUAAUAAUCAACAACAAGAACAACACGAAGAGCAGCAUCAACAACAAGAAUCAUUAAUAAAUAAAUAUAUAUUAACAAAUAAUAAAAUUAGUAUACAAUCAUCAAAAUACAAUAGCAAUGAAAAAACACUAUAUGAAUUUAAUGAAAUACCGGUAUUAAUUCAACUCUUUGGUUACAAAAAAGAUCUAUUAAACGACAAGCUAUUUUACUUUAAUACUUCAUAUUACAAUUCAAAUUGGUAUUUGAAUUCGAGUAUUAAACUAACCAUCUUCGAUGCCGAUAAUAACAAUAAUAUAGUUU